GCAUAAAUACCGCGUAGCAGCUCUUCUCGCAAGCCCAUGCUAUCAAACGUUGGAAUAACUUCAACAUCUUCGCUAGUCUCAAAUUCAACAUUUGAUAAAUCUUCAGUCUGCACAACACGUCUUAUACGCAGGUCCUCCAUUUUGCUCGUAGAAAGGGUUGACUUAGGAAUGAGCGGUACUGGACCAAGUAUGGCUGCUGGGCGUGAAUUAAAUAAGGAACAGUGGUAUGUGGAAUGAACCAAAAAGUGUUGACGAGGAGCAGGUGGAGGAAUGAACAUGGAGUAAAGAAGAAACAUUACUACAUACCAGACGAUGGAGCUGUGCUUCGUAGCAGCCCGACGUCGGGGCAGCUAUUAUUCUGUUUAUUUAAGGCCGAAGUGAUUACCGUAAUGUAGUGGAAUAAAAGAGAUGCGAGUGCAAGAAAAUUCAUUUGCAUCAUGUGCCAAAAUGACCGAGGAAAGAAGCGUGAAUGGAGGUCCAGAUAUUCCCAGUGGCAGCAAAAGAGGAUAUUCAGCCGGAGAUAUCGACGGAACCCAAAGUCCCAAUUCUUCAACCAGCGAAGCUGAUAAAUCUUGCGGUAUCGCAGGUGGUAGACUGAAAUUUUUUAAGGAUGGUAAAUUCAUAUUGGAAUUAUCACACCGAACUGAAGGAGAUCGAACGUCAUGGGUUCCAGUGCCCAAAAAAACAUACUGGCCUCCUCCUGCAACUACUGCUACUAGUACUGGUACUCCACGCCAGGAGAGCUCAACCUCACUUAGUGUGUCAGAUGACAACUCAUCUGUCCAGUCAUCACCUUGGCAGCGAGAUCACUGUUGGAAGCAGACCAACCCUCGGCAAGGCAUUGGUAAAGAAAUGACUUUUUUGAUGCAGUCAUUUCCACACAUGAGGCAUCUAAGGAGUCUUCAUUCUGUGUUUCACUGUAUACAAAAGAAGCGUAGAUGCCCUUACGUACCUAUAGAAGUGUCAGUGGAGAAUCACAGUGGUGUAAUAAGUGCACACGUAAGAGGUGGAAAGAAAGAGCGAAACAGAAUAAAAUUGUUGGAUAUAGUACAAACUUUAUUAGAUAGAGUGAAAGGCUCAAGUAGUAGUAAUGAAAGCACUGUUUGCUCUAAUGCAAGUGGGGCUAUUCCACCAAAUCACGUGCGGACAGUAACUGUAGCAACGGCAAGACUGGAUCCUAGCAUUAUAUCCCCUAGGAAGAGAAUACUUCGUGAAAUGGAGAGAGUUAGUCUUGAGGACAUGUCGAACUCUAAACGACAGCGAGCUCGUACCAGUAGUGCCUUGCCACAGAACAAUAACAAUGGUAGCAGUGGAAAUUGUACUGUUACGUGCCAAACUCUCCAACCUGGCAGUGCACUUCCGUCUCCUCCCCAGCCUAGUGUCAAAGGCAGUGUGAGUAAUUACAGUAUUACCUCGCUCCUGGGAAAUAGUCGAAAUGAAGACGUACCAACACCUGGACCUCAAGAUACAGACACAUCAUUCCUACGUACUCUCCUGAAGUCUUCAGCGCAACAGACUAGCAAUGUCGAACAGACUCCCAGACCCAAAGCGGCUUCAAAGCCUGCUGGAUCGAGGAAAUCGUCACCCACACAGCAACAGCAGCAGUCACCUCAACAACUGCCACAAACGCAGCACUCCCAAAACCAGUCACCUACACAGCAGCAGCAGCAGCAGCAGCAGCAGCAGCAGCUGUCGUCCCCAUCGCGGCUCAGCUCUCCUGCUCUCUCACCAUCACCAGAUAAUCUUCGCUCUGGACUUAGAAAUCCAGUUGUUCCGUCCAUUGGCAGCUCUGCACACCUCUCUCCAUUCCUUACACCUCCACUGAUAUAUCCACAGCUUUCAUCUCCCUUUUUACCUCAUCCUCCUCCGACAUUAAGUCAUCAUCCUUACUAUUCCAGCCCUCCACCUGUAUCUGCAUAUCGUGGAUCUCCAUCACCAGUUCCAACUUUGUGGGUACAAUACCCACUUUCUAGUCUUCCAAGGGGGGCAGUUCAUUACGGACUUGUGGCUCCCUGCCAUGCACCACCUCUUAGUCCGUGCCAUUACAACCCACUAACGCAACAACCACUGGAAGAGCUGAAGAAAGAAGAUAAUGGUUCAGAUGUUCCUCUGAAUUUGUCCAAACAUUCUGGCUGAAGACUGGCUGAUGUUGCCCACAGCUGAAAAACUGCUGUGCUGGAUAUAUGGUGAGUGUAUCAAAAAGGUGCAGAGUAAUUCAGUAGUGGAACAUGGUUAAGUGUUCCACAUGUGAUUAACAGCUUUGCAUGCAAGAUACAAAAUAAAAUCUGGGAAACUGUCACUGAACAAUAGUUUAUGAAUUUGCAGACAGAAAUUUGUUAAAUCAAACUGAGUGUGUUAUUUUUCUUUUAAGUUUUCAGAAUUUUUAUGUGUGAAACAUGGUUAAUAGCCUCUUAACUGAAUUCUUGCUAAAGUACCUAUUAAUUAAUAAGCAUUGUAUUUCUCUCUGGGACUUUUGUAUUAUCUUCUGUGAUGUCCUUCCAGUAUUGCUAUGGAAAUAUAAAAGCUCGGGGCAAAUUGCAUUUUGUUUCACUUAAGUAAAAUAUAUUUAAAAGCUAAUAAAAAACUGGUAAAUAUUUUGAGGAGCUAUGUUAUGUCAUUUAUUUUAGCAUGUAAGUGUUCCUCAAAUUAAUGUGAUGUUUUUGUUUACUGACAUGCCGGUAAUUUAAUAUUACAGUUAUGCACUGACAAAGGGUGAGAAGAAUUUUUCUGUUUUUCUCAUUUGUCUGUUCACUGUAGAGUUAUAAGUACACACAACCUCUGAAGACUGAUCUAUGAAGGUUGUGGCCAAAAUGCUCAGAAUACUGCAAAUUUUGUUAUCACAAUUACAUGUGACUGGUCAUAUUUAAUUCUUGAUUUCAUGUUGCUUUGGUUGGAAUUGGAAUUAAACAACUGUGAUUCAUGCCUCAUGGUAAAAUUUGUACUACUAAUACUGAAGUCAUAGCUGAUAUACUGACUAAUAAAUUUUAUAUAUAUCACUAUCAGAUAAUUAUUUUGCAUUUUAUGUGGUUAUAAAGCAGUUGAUUGCACAUAAAGCUAACAAGUGGAAUCCCACCUUUAAUAUUGGAAGUCUGUUAUACUUUGUACCAACUGUU